CACUCGAAAUCUUGAUUCAGGUUGAACCGUUAUUGGUCCUUCGAUUACUCGCCGCAAAGUUCCCCUGUUUCCCCAUGUUAUGAAUCUGGGGUAUCUUCCAGAGCUUCGAGCUUCAUGUGGUUGACAACGUCGGGAUGUAGGCCAAAAAUGGACUACAUGCACGAUUCGAUGGGAUGAGAGAUCAGGUACGACGGGAAAGCAGUCAAAUGAAGCCCAUGAUGGUAAACUUCAUAGAGAAAGAUGACAGACCUUGGGACUAUAUAUUACGCCCUUGAGCUGCUGGUGAAAGGAGGAAGAGAUGAACUAUACUGUCGUCUGUUGUUCUUGUUAAUUACCAUCUAUCCCUUUAAUUCUUGAUAUUGCCUACUGGUUCUCAAUAGCAAUGGCCGAAAAGCACUUGCAGGAUGUUGAACUUCACGAAACAAAGUCUGAGGGUGUAGUUGGUGAGGCAGUUCAACUUGCUCACGAUGUCGACGAAACGAAGCCCCGUCCAUUCACCUUGAGCAUGUUUCGUCUUUAUGGUUGUUUGAUGGUCGCAUAUCUAUGCGGGUGUUUGAACGGAUUCGAUGGUUCUUUAAUGGGCGGUCUUAAUGCUAUGAAGACUUAUCAAACCUACUUCCACAUGAGCGCUGCAGGGUCUUCGACUGGCCUUGUUUUUGCCAUGUACAACAUAGGCUCAAUUCCUGCGGUCUUCUUCACCGGCCCUGUCAACGAUCAUUUUGGCAGGCGAAUGGGCAUGUUUACUGGGGCAGUCUUGGUUAUCAUCGGUACAUGUGUUCAAGCGCCUUCAACAAAUCAUGGCAUGUUUUUAGCUGGUCGAUUUAUUCUUGGGUUUGGAGUCAGCUUUUGCUGCGUUAGUGCUCCUUGCUAUGUGAGCGAGAUGGCUCAUCCUGCUUGGAGAGGAACUCUCACUGGACUGUACAUCGGAUCAAUUGUUGCAUCUUGGGUUGUGUAUGGUUGUAGGAUAAUCGAUGGCAACGCUAGUUGGAGAAUACCAAUUUGGUGCCAGUUGAUUUCCUCUGGCUUUGUAGCAAUUGGCGUUUGGUGGUUACCCGAAUCUCCUCGCUGGUUGAUGGCACAAGACAAUGCAGAUGAGGCUGUUAAGGUCUUGGCAAGGUAUCAUGGAGAAGGUUCGAUCGAUCACCCAAUGGUGACUCUGCAGCUCAAGGAGAUGCAACAGCAAAUUGGCCUUAAUGAUUCUGACAAAAGAUGGUGGGAUUAUUCUGAGCUUGUGAAAACUCAUUCUGCUCGCCGCCGUCUUAUUUGCGUACUCGGGAUGGCAUGCUUCGGUCAAUUGAGCGGAAAUUCCGUUACCAGUUACUACUUACCCGAGAUGUUACUCAAUGCUGGAAUUGUAUCUGAAGAAAGACAGCUUUUGAUGAACGGCAUAUACUCUCCUAUCUGCUUUAUUGGAGCCAUUGCUGGAGCCAGAUAUACAGAUAAUUGGGGUCGUCGACCACUUUUACUCUACUCCAUCUUGUUUUGCUCGGUCUGCUUUGCAAUCAUUACUGGAACAUCUAAAUUGGCUACCCAGGACACAACCAACGUCACUGCUGCAAACACAGUUAUCGCAUUCAUCUACAUCUUUGGAUUUGUCUUUUCCUUUGGAUGGACCGCUUUACAAAGCAUGUACAUUGCAGAGACGCUUCCAACUUCAACCAGAGCCAAGGGUACAGCCAUCGGCAAUUUCUCCUCAUCGGUCGCAAGUACAAUCAUUCAAUACAGCUCGGGACCAGCAUUCGAAAAUAUUCACUACUACUUUUAUCUCGUAUUCGUCUUCUGGGAUUUGGUUGAAGCGGCGAUCAUUUACUUCUACUUCCCAGAAACUAAGGACAGAACAUUGGAGGAAUUGGCUGAAGUGUUUGAGGCUCCAAAUCCAGUUCAAAGGAGUUUGGAAAAGAGAAACGCAACUACUGUUCUCAGGACACUCAGAGUUGAUACGACGAUUGCGAAAGGCGAAGUUUAA